CUCGGAGAUAAGCCCACCAGCUUCCAGAAUAUUCUGAUCAAAGUUCAAGUGGAACGAUGUCUAAUGAGCUAUUUUUAGAAACUGUGUAUAUUUUCCAAAUGUGGCCGGUCUCUAAUCGACGCCGGUGUCUAAUAGUGGCCGGGCUCCUUAAGAAUAAGAUCUGCCAUCCUUUCCUCGGUCAGGCGGAGCGGACGGGUGUUGUUUUUUAUUUUUAUUUUUUGUACCAGUUUGUAUUGUGAGCCAGGGUCGCGAUGGCCAAGAAACGCUCAUUCGAUUUAGCGUUUAAACUUCGUGCGGUGGCGUACGCCAAAGAACAUUCAGGCGAGGAAUCCGCUCGACAUUUUGGGGUGGAUUCUAAACGGAUCCGAGAAUGGCGCAAGCAGAUGGGGGAUAUGGAGAAAACUAUCGCAGAAAAAGGAGCAACAAGCAAACGAUUGCGGGGUGGAGGUGCAAAGAAAGCCAGCGACGAAUUGGAAAACCUGGUUUUAACGUGGAUUACUGAGCAAAGGCGGAAAGGUGGGCGUGUCUCCAGGAAGAUGAUCCGCAUGAAAGCCAAGAAGAUUUUUGAUAAGGAGAUUGAUGAGGCCUCAAAGAGGAAAGAAACGUUCACAGCCAGUUCUGGUUGGCUUGAUAAAUUUAUGAAACGCCACCAGUUAUUGCUCCGUCGGAAGACGGCGCCGGCUCAGAAGGAUCCAGACCAAGUUGUUCACCGGCUUGUCUCUUUUGUCACGUCGGUUGCCAAUAAGCGAACUGCAGAUGGCAUCGAGGACGGCGAAAUCAUUGCAAUGGACGAGACAUCUGCUUGGUUCGACAUGCCUGGACCCACAACAGCCGAGCCCGCCGGCAGCAGGAGUGAUGUCAUGAACGCAUCCGGUCACGAGAAGUCGCAUUUCACCGUGACCUUGGCGGCGAAAGCGAAUGGCGCAAAAUUGAAGCCGUUGAUUGUGUUUCGGGACGCAAAGCGAGAAGUGGCAAGACUGCAAGAUGUCCAAGAAGCUGCGGUGGCGACCUCAAUCAACGGAUGGAUGAAUCAGGAGCUAACAGAAAUGUGGUGUCAGAAAGUUUGCAGCGGUUUUGGUCUCCGGAAGAGUCUUCUAGUCUGGGAUGCUGACCACUGUCACAUCAGUAAGGAAACAAAAGAAGAGCUGAAGAAGUACAACGUGUCAAUGACGGUUAUCCCCAAUGGCUGCACCAAGUACGUCCAACCUGCUGAUAUCUGGGGCAAGCCCUUUAAAGAUAAGCUCAGAGAAUUGUACGCCAAGUGGAUGGUCGGGGACGAAGAUAAGGAGUGGACAUCUGGCGGGAAUUUGAAAGCGCCCGCACUGCGUUUGUUGGUUACAUGGAUAAUAUCGGCUUGGCAAGACAUCCCCCCAGAGACGAUAAGAAAAUCCUUCAAGGAUUGUGGAAUCACGAAUGCAUGCGAUGGAUCCGAGGAUCAUCUCAUCCACUGCUUUAAGGACGGCCAGCCAUGCCACGCCGGGAUGGCGAAACUGCAAACUGUGCGGCGAGCAACGGGAGCACUCGUGCCUCCAUUACAAGAAGAGGAAGAUGAAGAAGAGCUGGCGAAUGACGAAGCACCGAUUUCCGACUCAGACGACGAUGUCGUCCCCCAGGAUUAUGUGACCGAAGAGGAGGAUCUCUGCAACCAGCAGAGGAACUACAGAGUGGAACAGGUAGAACCAGAACCUCCAUAUAUUAAAAAGGAACUGCAGGAACCAGAACCACCACAGAUGAAAGGGGAGCAGGAAGAACAAGAACCUCCGCUGAUUAAAGAGGAGCAAGAAGAGUUUUGCAUUAGUCUGGAUGAGGAGCUAUUUGAUGUGAAGCAGGAGACUGAUGCCUCGAUGGAGAUUCCGUCUUUUGAGGAAGAUGAGAGCAGUGAAGCAGAUCUAAACAAUCAGCAGAGUGAUAGUCAGAAUGAAGAAGGAAACCAACAUGAAGAAUCAACAUCAACGGAUGGAGAGACGGACCAAAAUGUGGACAGCUCUCACAAGUCAGAAAGUCGGUGUGACUCUGGUGUUGGAGAAAAAUUCAAGAAGGCGACAUCAGUUGAAGAACGCAAACAAUCUCCAAACGAAAUGGUGCCUCCCUCUGUAAAGUCUGGUGAAAGCUCAAAAAUUGUUAGCGAUCUCUUUCUCUACGUGAAAACAGAUUCAGAUGACACACUUUAUAUCUGCACAGAAUGCGGCAAAAGUUUUGGUUUCUGGGCUCAGUUCAGACUUCACAUGAAAAUCCAUUCAGGAGAGAAGCGUUACACUUGCAAAGAAUGUGAUAAAAGUUUUAGUCGAAAUUCUCAUCUUAAAGCACACAUAAGAACUCACACAGGAGAAAAGCCUUUUGCUUGUAAAGAAUGUGGUAGAUGUUUUAGUGUAGUAUCUCAACUUAAAAGACACAUGAGAACUCAUACAGGAGAAAAGCCCUUUACUUGUAAAAUAUGUGAAAAAUGUUUUAGUCAAAUAUCUAGUCUCAACACACACAUGAAAACUCACACAGGUGAGAAGCCUUUUUCUUGUAAAGAAUGUGAUAAAGGUUUUACUCAAAUAUCUGAUCUCAAAAAACACAUGAGAACUCACACAGGAGAAAAGCCCUUUCCUUGUACAGAAUGUAAUAAAAAUUUUAGUUGUGUAUCUAGUCUCAGAACACACAUGAGAACUCACACAGGAGAGAAGCCUUUUUCUUGUAAAGAAUGUAAUAAAAGUUUUACUCAAAUAUCUAGUCUUAAAACACACAUGAGAACUCACACGGGAGAGAAGCCUUUUUCGUGCAAAGAAUGCGAUGCAAGUUUCAGCGACGUAUCUAACCUCAAAAGACACCUAAAAACUCAUACAUGAGAGAAGUCUUUUGGUUGCCAAACAAUGUAAUAAAGGAUCAAGUGUAAACUCUAAACUCAAGUAAAGUCAGCAAAGAACUUGUGUAGUAAAAGACAAUAGGAGAAGGAAGAAAGAUUGUAAAUAACAUUUCUAUUCCAUACAGAAAAGUUCACCUUUCGACAAGAAAUAGGAAUUUUAUAUGAAACUAUUACAUUUAGAUUGAAAUAUUUUAAGCCGUUUUAUUUUACAGACUUUAUUUUACAGGUUAAAAAAAAUAGUUUGAUCUCAGAAAAUUUAAAAAACUACAAAAAAGUUUUUAAUAUUUUAAAAUCCAGAGGUCCGACUCCAAUUUUCUAAUUUACUCCUAACACUACCUAUGAUCAGUUUUUCAGAGGAAGAUGACACUCUAGACCCAACAAUGAAGAUGACCUGAAGUCCGUUAUCAAAGCAACCUGAGCUUUCAUUGCAUGAACACAGAACCGCAGGCUGAUGUCCUCCGUACCACAUUGAUGAAUGGAAAUGAACAGUUUUCUGAAAACAUCCUUUUUAAGAGUUUUGUAAGAUACUUUACUUUUCUAAGGAACUUAUUUAUAGGUUAAUCAUAUAUUCAUUCAUUUAUUCAUCUUCUCAUCCGUUUUUCACUUUCGGGGUCACGGGGCUGCCGGAGCCUAUCCCGGCAGACGUAGGUUAAUCAUAUAUUAGCUACAAAUAUCAAAAUAAUGAAGGAUUAAGCAUUUCAGCCUAUGUGUAAUGAAUAUGAGUUUCACUUUUUGAAUUUAUGGACAAAAACUUUUUCAAAAAUUUCUUUUAGAUGUACCUGUAAAUAGAAAUGUGUUGUUUUCAAGUAUUGGUUUAUUCUUUAUCUCUUGAAUGGCCUUAUUGUAAUAGUAGUUUAUGCUGAGACAGUGUGUGUGUUUCCAUGACAACACUAGACAUAUUUUGUAUAUAUUUUUAUUUCCAAUACUUCUUAUGUCUUUAGUCAACAUUUCAUUCUUGUUUCAAAUAAAAAAAUGAUAAUUGCAGUUUAUUUUUUGUUGGGUCAUGUGAUUAAGUAACCAUUUAGUGAGGAAAAGUUUCCCAGACAUGUAUUAAGGAAGAUGCAGAUAAAGAAACAGACUGGUAUUUCUGUCUUUUGUCUGUUAUUCAUGUUUUCUAGUAGAGAUUAGAAUUGUUUAUCUGUUCUUUUUAGUUCUCAGUGUUCUGUCCCAAUCUUUACUGUGAAGAAUAAAGUGGACGUGAACAUCA